GCAGUUUGGCGGGCUGCCUUAGAUUUGCGCAUAGAGUAAAAUCCAAAAUCCCCAAACAAAACCCGUUCAAAUUUCAAAACCCUCACCUCACUCUCCCACACGCAUGCAAGUCCCAGAAAUGAAAGCCAUGAGAGCACUCUACACCAGAACUCCCAAACCCUUCUCCUUCAUUGCCUUCCCAAACCCUCGAUUUCCUCGCCGCGUCCCCCGAUGUUCCCACCAAUUCCACUCCUCAAAUCCCCGUUUUAUCGAUUCCCCAGAAAUCAAAGCCGACUCCGGCGAGUCCGGACCUAGUAGCAAAAACGGCCGGGCUGUUUGGACCGUUUAUGAUCCAGCAGUUGGCGGGCUAACCACACGAAGGGUUACGAAGAAGGACCGUGAAGGACAAGAAUUGGAGUCAAAUUUGUCGAGUUCAGAUGACGGGGUUGCGGAUUUGGAGAGGGGGAGGACCUAUGGUAGUGCGAGGAAGGGAUAUUUUAGCGGUGGAGAUGAUGUUGUCGAUGGUUCUUUGAAGGAAAGGAAGAAUGUUAACAUAAAAAAAGCGAGUUCAGAUGAUGGGGUUGAGGAUUUAGAGAGGGAGAGGACUUAUGGUAGUGCAGGGAAGGGAUAUUUUAGCGGUGGAGACGAUGUUGCCGAUGGUUCUUUGAAGGAAAGGAGGAAUGUUAACCUAAAAAAAGCGAGUUCAGUGAGUGGCUUGGGAGUCGGGGACGUAGUGGGCAUUAAGAGAAAGGGGAAGGGUACUAAAGUCAGUUGGGUUUGUGCUGAUUGCGGGUAUUCGAAUGGGCAGUGGUGGGGCACGUGCUUAAGUUGUGGUGGUGUUGGGACAAUGAAGCAGUUUUCAGAGGCGGCUCAUGGUGGUGGUGGUGGUAGUGGGAGUGGGAUACAGGUUUCAGAGCAUGUGAUGCGGAAGUGGCUACCCCAGGCACCAGGGGAUGUGCAGCCAUUGCGGUUGACAGAUGUGAAUAGAGGGAUCAAUCAGCUAGAUUGGCGGAUUCCAUUGCCUGGACCAUUUGGAAGUGAAGUUGCCAGGGUGCUUGGUGGUGGUCUUGCACCAGGUUCUCUGGUUUUGAUUGGCGGUGAUCCUGGUGUUGGCAAGAGUACCCUGGUUUUGCAGGUUGCUGCUUUAAUUGCUGAAGGACGUAGAGUUGGUGAAUCAGCUCCUGUUGUUUAUGUGUCAGGUGAAGAGAGUCUUGAGCAAAUUGUAAAUAGAGCUGACCGUAUGAUGAUUGGAACUGGUGAUCUUUUCUUGUAUUCAAGUACUGAUAUUGAGGACAUAUUAGCAAAAAUUCAGAAUCUCUCCCCCCAUGCUCUUAUUGUUGAUUCCAUUCAAACAGUUUAUCUGAAAGGGGUGACUGGAAGUCCUGGAGGACUCACACAGGUUAAGGAAUGCACAUCAGCCUUGCUCCGAUUCGCAAAGAGGACUAAUGUUCCUGUUUUUUUGAUUGGACAUGUGAACAAAUCUGGAGAUAUUGCUGGACCACGAGUCCUGGAGCACAUUGUUGAUGUCGUUUUGUACAUGGAAGGGGAGAAAUACUCAUCCCAUCGUUUGCUUCGACCUGUAAAAAAUCGCUUUGGGUCCACUGAUGAGCUAGGAGUGUUUGAAAUGUCAGAAUCAGGUUUACAAGUUGUUUCAAACCCUAGUGAGAUAUUUUUAAGUGAGCAGCACUCUGAUUCAGCAGUUUUCGCUGGGCUAGCUGUUGCCGUUGUGAUGGAUGGAUCUCGAAGUUUCCUUAUUGAAAUUCAGGCAUUAUGUGUAUCUGGUACAACUGUCUUAAGGCAUAUUAAUGGGAUCCAAGCAAGCAGAGCUGACAUGAUUAUCUCUGUUCUUAUGAAACAAGCUGGUCUAAAGCUUCAAGAAAAUGCCAUAUUUUUAAAUGUUGUUAGCGGUGUGAUGCUGAAAGAGACCUCUGGGGAUCUUGCCAUUGCAGUCGCUAUUUGCAGCAGUUUCUUGGAGUUUCCUAUUCCCAACAGCAUAGCAUUCAUUGGAGAAAUUGGUCUUGGUGGCGAGCUUCGCUCGGUGCCCAGGAUGGAGAAAAGGGUAAAUACAGUGGCCAAAUUGGGAUAUAAAAUGUGUAUUGUUCCUAAGUCGGCUUUGAAAUCUUUGGCAAUUUUGGGUUACGAAGAUAUUAAAAUUAUUGGGUGCAAGAAUCUCAAAGAAGUUAUAAAUGCCGUCUUCAGCAUGUGAUGGAAUGUCUAAAAACCUUCUGUUUUAGUUUUCCUUUUUUACUUUUGUAUAUUUAUCUUAGGAAAUAGCUGUCUUAGGUAUAUUAUUGCAAAUGUUACUUUUUUUUCAGCUGAAGAAUGUAAUUUAAUUAGCACCCUCCAUGCCCUGACUGUAAUUGAAAUAGGUCAUGGGACAUUAGUUCCAUCUUGUGCAGAUCAUAGACCAUGUCCCCUUGACUGUAAUCAUUAUUUUUUUUCCACUUCAGGGAAUUCGUAUUUUAGUGGGGUUCAGUUUUGAUGGUAAGAGGACUUGUGUAGGCUUUUGUAGUGGGUUUAUUUUGAGAAAUUGUUCCAAUAAAUAUGGUAUGAGGAUUGCACUUU